UCGGCUAACAUACUAUUUAUCGAGCAUCGAACGUCCGUAUACUUCUGGGCUUCUAUGGAGACUUCUGAAUUCUUUGCCCGUACUUAAUAGACCCUCUGCUGUGAGGCAUAAACAAUAGUCAACCGCAAACAAAAUAAAUUAUGGACACCGUUCGCAUUUGUGGUUGUAAGGGAGUACGCACUUGUCUUGUUUGCGAACUAAAAUAUAAUAUUUUAAAGCCAGAUUUAUUACAAGAGUUGAAGAAUAAAACUUGUUAUGUUUAUUGUCCAUACUGCGAUAAGGCUUGGCCUGGGUGGGAUAUUGAACUGUAUAAAAAGCAUCCUGACCACGUUGGAGAGGCAAUAGAUUUUCCAGGUGUUUAUAUUAAGUUAAAUUUUUUAACUGAUAAUGAAGCUGAUCAACUGAUAAAGGAUCUUGAUGAAUCUUCAUGGGAACCUUCUCAAAGUGGUCGUAGGAAACAGAAUUAUGGACCCAAAUGCAAUUUCAAGAAGCGACGAAUUCAGCUGGGUUCUUUUGCCGGUUUCCCUAAAUGUACAAAAUUUGUUCAGGACAAGUUUUUGACAACACCACUUCUUGAAGAUUUUAAAACUAUCGAACAAUGUAGUCUGGAAUAUGAUCCAAAUCGAGGAGCAUCAAUCGAUCCUCAUAUUGAUGAUUGUUGGAUUUGGGGAGAACGUAUUGUAACGGUUAAUGUAUUAUCUGAUUCUGUCCUUACUAUGAUACCAUAUAACGGCCCCGUGACGCGUUAUAACUUGAUAGACAUUACAAAAUAUUCACCAGUCGUAAAAUGUGCCAAUGAUGUUAAAUUUCAUGAUAUACAAGAUAUGGGACAAGAGAUAGUCCGCAUACCUAUGCCGGCAAAAUCGCUAAUACUAUUAUACAAUGCUGCAAGAUACAAUUGGGAACAUACAGUGUUACGAGAAGAUAUACGGUCUCGAAGAGUAUGCCUUGCUUAUCGAGAAUUUACACCUCCCUAUCUUCCUGGCGGUGAUCGUAUUGACGCAAGUAAUGAAAUUCUUAACAAAUCAACAGUUUUUUGGUAAAAAGUUAUCAAAUAUUAGCAUAUCUUUCAUCUAUAAAAAAUGAUACUUCAAGUGUACAAUGUCUGUCCUGUUAUAAGGACAAAUUUGGGAAGAAUGUAAUUCCUGAUUAUAUAAUGAUGUGAUGAAAGUAACAAAAUGCAGUAAAUAGGAGUGGUACUGUUACGUCCCACGUAACGUCACCCCUCCAACUACAUAUAUUAAUUAAGUUAAGCGCCGUAAUUAUUACUUUUCCCAAAUAUUAUGUUAUUAAUAUCGUGUAAUAUCAUCCUCGCUCGACUGUAAUUUUCUACCGAACACGCGUUAGCAACGUGCUCAAAAUAGGUAACCAUCACCAUGCGAAAGGUGAUAAGAACGAGAAUCCCUUGUUCAUAAUCCUCUAGGACAACGAUGGCCCGGGCCAGUGGUAGCCCAACUUAGGGCUUCGAACUUACAUUGUUAACACAAGUAAGAAAACUUAUAGAAAUGGAUAAUGUUAAGUUGAGGGCAGUGCCCUCCCUCUACUAAAAUUUUGAAACAACGCAGUUUAGGAACCGUAUAAAAAGGGACGCGCCUAUGCACCCUUGUUCUUAGUCUUCGGUCAGUCUUCAGUUUUAGCUUUGUCUCAGUUUUCGCUUAGUUUUUCGCUCAGUUUCAGUCUCGCUAGACAACGAGCAUUUCGUAAAGUUCCAGUUUUUACAAGUACGAGCGAGGAAGAAAACCAAUUUUCUUGUUAUACAAGGUACUAUAUUUUUUCUAUGUUCUAAUAAAUCAACCAUUCACAUUUA